UGGACAUUGGAUAUGUGGUGCGCUUGUUAAGCAGGACGUUACAAAAAGGUGUGCAAACGUAAAAACGUAUAUGGGUGAAAGGAAUAUAAAGACAAGAGUCUUGAUUUUUCUCGGCGCUUUCCGGCUGCACACUUAUUUCACAAAUACGGUUUGUGUAUGCAGAACGAUGACAGACGAACCGUUGAUAAUUAAGGGAGUAACUGCACCGUUAAUUAUUGGUGAUUGUUUAUUGGAGUUUGUUGUAAAGUCAGCAUGUUGAUUGGUCGAGUAUUCAAUUCCCUCACUAAUUUGAUGGGUUAAUCUUGCAGUUUUAGCUCAGCAGUUUGAAUUUUACCACUCUGUGUUUUGCUUCGCUCAAUAGUUAAGAAGUCUAAUUUUCGUUUUAGUUCUUAAUAGAAUUUAUGAGCUCGUUUCCAUGCUUCUUCCUUUCAUAUCGCUUAGAAAAAUGAUUAUCUAGUCUCUUUUAAGACCAAAUGUUACUUAGGAUAUAACGCGUAAGCCUAUACACUUUGAGUGAGUUGCUCUAUUUGUGUUAUUGAAAUGCUACUAGGUUUUAACGAAAUUUGCCCAUAUUAUUGUCUAUCUUAGCGCUUAUUCUCUUUUUUAUUCAUUAUUGCAGCUAUUCCAGUGAGUUUUAAGGCGGGUCUGACUCACUUCAUGUAUGCAAAGAAAUUAAGAAAAAAUGGCAUCUUAAUAUAUAAUGUUCACCCUUUAAUGGAUGCGAGAUCGUUGUUUGAAUUCUUCAAGUCAUUCGGUGAAAUAACUAGUUUGCGUUAUUCUCCGCCUGAAGCUCAAGCUGUUUUCGAAUUUGACACAGUAGAGUGUGUUGAUAAAAUUUUGUCCACACCAUUGACUAAAAUAUACGAGUUCAAACUGACAGACAUUCAUAUGCCUGAUCGUCAUAUAAAUCAAAAUCCAGAGUGGGUAAAAGAUUAUCAGAAAUCAAAGAGUGAUUCAGAGACCGUUCUGCAAGAUUAUUUCAAGAAACGUAUUGAAUCCAGUAAGAAACCUGAUGAUGACGGUUGGAUUACUGUGACUAAAGGAAUACGACCAUGAUUUAGAUCUUGUGUAUAUUUUCGACGUUGUACAUAUUUUCAAGAUGACUUUUGCGUUGUAUAUAUUUUGGAAUAAAAUAUAUAUAUUCAUCUAUACAUCUUCUUUCUUGUAUUCAGUAUUUUUAAUAAUUAGUCUUAUUCUAAUUUACAAGUAUAGAGACAAUCAAAGAAUUUUCAAGUAUUGGUUUUGUAGGGAUCUUGUUCGAUUGCAUGGAGGAUUUCAUCAUGAUCUGAUAU